AUGAGACCGGUCUAUGGAGGAGCGUUUAGUUCACUGUCUUACGAAGAAGUAAAUGCGUUGAUAUGGUCAGAGCUAAGAAGAAACCCUCUAAGCGGUGGUCCGAGAGGGUGUACCAAUAAAUCAUUCCAUUGUAUUGCGACCUUUCCGACAAUUUUAGCUCAUUGUGGCGGACUAUUUAGUGGAGCUAUUAUGAACAGUGGUGUUUCUUUGUGCUUAUGGGCAUUAUCGAGAACGGCUAGUGAAUUGGCCCAUAACACUGGAAAGAUAUUGGGUGUAGGAUCUUCAAAUUCCAGCGAGUUAAUAGAAAAUUUAAAGAAAGUUGAUUACGUUAGGCUACAAACUGUUUCAUCUAUUUUAUCUGUGGUGGCAUUUAACAAUUUCCCGUUAAUUGGUAUCGCACUGGGACCAGUUAUAGAAGUUCCACAUAAAACAGCUUUCUUGACCGUUAAAAGUGAUAAAUCCUUAUUAUCGGGACAAUUUACUCGUGUUCCUAUAUUAGUGGGACAUACCUCAAAUGAACUCGGAAUUAUGGCGCCAGCAUUAUUUGCGGGUUCUAUACCAACAUUACAAACACAACCAAGAAAACUAGUACCAGCAGAUAUAAUUUCAAACAAAAAUUUAACAGAAGCGGGACUUAAAAUCAGAAAAGAAUUUUUUGGAAAUGCACCAAAUAUUACAAUGGACAGUCAUUUAGUACACUUUUUUAAUAUCGAUGAGUUUGUCCGACCGGUCCAUAGAUUUGUAUCUGAUGUUAAAAAAUAUGUCCUCAAUACGUAUUUGUAUCAAUUUAGCUACAAAGGAGAUAUUGAAAAGGCACUUGGAUAUAAUUUUAGUGGCAAGUAUUAUACUUUUUUUAAAUAUUUUAAAACUAUAAUACAAAAACCUAGAUGGAAAGAAUAUAGGCAAGAAUUAUUCGAAGAUUCAGCACGAAGUCUGACUGAAAUAAACAAUCCCUAUUCCCCAGAAAUAACAAGCGAAGAAGUAAUUAUGACCAUUAUGCUGAUUAAAUAUGGGAAAUCACCAGGACUUGAUGAGGUGCAUGGUGUAAUUUUAAAGCUUUUAGAGUCACACCAAAUCACAGCUCUUAAGAAGCUAUUGAACAACAUCUACGAGACUGGUUACUUACCAAGAGACUGGCUACUAUCAAUAUUCAUUACACUUCCUGAAAAAGCCAACGCUAUAAAAUGUGAAGAACAUAGAUUAAUUAGUUUAAUGAGCCAUGUACUUACAGCAAACAUACUUUACUUAAAACAUAGCAAAGAAAGGCUAUACAAACGUUUAUGUGAAAGUGUUGAUGAGACCGUUAAGUUAGUUAGCAGUACACUUGGUGUUGGGAAAUCUACGAUUUACAGAGUUAUUAAAGAAGAGAAAUACGGUAGUUUUCAAAUGCCACGUAAUGCUCCAGAAAAACCAAAAUUUCAAAUAGAAUAUCAUUUUAAAGAAGGACUUCGACGGAAAGUUCAUGAAUUCUUCUUUAGACAAGAAUUUCCAACAUUGGAUAAAGUUCUUGUCUCAGUUCGAGAUGAUAAGGAUUACCCAGAAAUGAGUCGAAGUACGUUAUGGAAACUUUUAAAAGAAAUAGGCUUCUGCUGGAAUAAGAAUCCCAGAAAGUCUAUUUUAUUAGAAAGAAGCGAUAUUCUCAUAUGGAGAAGACAUUUUCUAAGAACCAUAAAGGAAAUGAGAAACCAAAAAAGAAAAAUAUUUUAUCUUGAUGAAACAUGGAUCAACGAGGGUCAUACACCAAAUAAAUUUUGGCAGGAUGAAACUGAUACAAGUCAAAGGCACGCUUUUGUAAAUAACUUAUCUACUGGUUUAAACCCACCAUCAGGAAAGGGACGCAGGCUGAUAAUAGUACACAUUGGCAGUUCAGACGGUUUUGUUGAAGGUGGUUUAUUAACUUUUGAAUCAACUCGUACCGGUGAAUACCAUGAAGACAUAAACGCUGAUGUCUUUCAAGAAUGGUUCAAACAAAUGAUAGAUCUUCUUCCUAAGAACUGUGUAAUAGUAAUGGAUAAUGCAAGUUAUCACUCCAGACUUAUAGAAGGACUGCCCACAACCAAGUGGUUAAAAAAAGACUUGCAGAAUUGGCUGAGUUCAAAAAAUAUUACGUACUAUCCCGGAUCUAUAAGAAAGGAACUUUAUUCGUUGUGUGCCCUUCAUAAAGAAAAAUUUAAAAAAUACGAAAUUGAUGAAAUUGCCAAAAAUCGUGGAAUGACAGUACUUAGAUCCCCACCAUAUCAUUGUGAAUUAAACCCGAUUGAACUGGUAUGGGCACAGAUAACGAGUGAAGUUUCAAGAAAACAUACCACUUUUAAAAUUCAUUAUGUUAAACAGUUGUUUUUGGAGGCCGUAAAUAAUGUAAAACCUGAAAACUGGGAAAAGGCAGUAAAUCACAUUAUUAAAGAAGAGGAAAAAAUGUGGAAGCUGGACAAUAUUACUGAUAAAAUGAUCGAGCCAGUUAUUAUAAAUCUUGGUUCUGAAGGUUCAUCUUCUGAAUCUGAUUUGGAUUUGUAA